UUGAUUGUAUACACCUGUGUCCAUGGAGGGGAUUGGAACACCUGAAUCACAUGAUUGGGAGGGGAUUGGAACACCUGAAUCACAUGAUUGGGAGGGGAUUGGAACACCUGAAUCACAUGAUUGGGAGGGGAUUGGAACACCUGAAUCACAUGAUAUGGAGGGGAUUGGAGCACCUGAAUCACAUGAUUGGGAGGGGAUUGGAACACCUGAAUCACAUGAUUGGGAGGGGAUUGGAACACCUGAAUCACAUGAUAUGGAGGGGAUUGGAGCACCUGAAUCACAUGAUUGGGAGGGGAUUGGAACACCUGAAUCACAUGAUAUGGAGGGGAUUGGAACACCUGAAUCACAUGAUUUGGAGGGCUGGCCCAAUACUUUUGGCAAUAUAGUGUAUAUACUGUAA